UCCAUUUUGGGUUGAGUGCAAGGAUAAUAUCCAACACAACAUAACACAACACACUUGUUCAUCUCAUCUCAUCUCUCUUACCAAAUCCACACCAUCAAUCAGAUCCCACCCUCAUCUCUUCACAACCACCAUGUCAUCUCUCCUCCCAGAUCUCACCACCAGAAUCCACCCUGAACCACCAUGCAUCCUCUCACCCGAACCACAACAACUCGACCGAUUCGACUCACUUCCGGAUUCUCUCCUCCUCCUCAUCUUCAACAACCUCGCCGACGUCAAAGCCUUAGGCCGCUGCUCCUCCGUCUCCAGAAGAUUCCACUCUCUCGUUCCUCAGGUCCAAAACGUCGUCGUUCGCGUCGAUUGCGUCAUCUCCGACGACGAUCCUUCUUCUUCCUCCAACUCCUCCGACAAAUCCAGAUCCAUUUCCACUCUCUUCCGCGUCCUUAUUGGAGGUAUAUUUAAACCGAUUCAAGCCCUAGGUCAAUUUCUCGGUCCUAAACGGUCGUCGCCGCCGUCCACGGCGGCGACCUCGCCGUUAUCGUCACCGUCGACGUCGUCGUUGAGCGUCGGAACCGUCGACGGUGAUGAUCUGGAACAAGGCGGCGGUGUUACGCAUCAUUCGCCUACUCAGGUGCUUAAAAACUUUAAUGAGAUUAGGUUUUUGAAAAUUGAGCUUCCUAGUGGUGAGUUAGGGUUAGAGGAUGAUGUUUUGUUGCGGUGGAGAGCCGAUUUCGGAUCGACUUUGGAUAAUUGUGUGAUGCUUGGGGCGUCUUCUGUUGUAUAUCCUGAUAAAGUUGCAUCUAAUUUGUCUAAUUGUGAUGUAAUUGGGGGUAAUGAUGAUAAUGGGAGUAUACCGGAGUCGUUUUAUACCAACGGCGGGUUGAAAUUGCGCGUGGUGUGGACAAUUAGCUCGUUGAUUGCGGCGUCUGCUAGGCAUUACUUGCUUCAACCGAUAAUUGCGGAACAUAAGACGUUGGAUUCGUUGGUUUUGACGGAUGCGGAUGGGCAGGGGGUGUUGUGUAUGAAUAGGGAGCAGUUGGAGGAGCUGAGGGUGAAGCCGUUGUCGGCUUCUUCUGCUUCGAAGAGAACGCUUGUUCCUGCUUUGAAUAUGAGGCUUUGGUAUGCGCCGUAUUUGGAGUUGCCGGAUGGGACGGUGUUGAAAGGGGCUACAUUGGUUGCUACUCGUCCUAGUGAUCAGUCAGUGCAAAGGGAGGUUUCGGAUGGAUUGUGGGUUUCGUCUGCGUUUGAGGAGCCUUUUGGGACUGCUGCGAAGAUGUUGGUCAAGCGAAGGACUUAUUGCCUUGAGAUGAACUCCUUUUGAUGCAUUGGACAUUGAAAGGCAGGGAGGCAGCAGAGAGAACACACAAUUUUGUUACCUUUAAUGAAUAUGCAUGCAAAUGGGGUUCAUUAGACUGACAACUGUUGUUUUGUGAAUAUUAUUUGUAGGUAUAAAAUAUCCAUGUCUCAUGUUUAAAUGUUGUUUGUAGUAAAUGCUACUCUUGUUUUAGUCUAAUAUUUAAUAAGAUCUAAAUACUGUAUCAAUGUUCUUGCUG